GUCAUGUAUGUGUGUUUUCUAGAUUUGAACAAGAAGAAACGGUCUUGUCUCUUUCGUUAGACGGUCAUGUCUUCGGGAACAUCCGAUUAAAAAAAAAGUUACACGCGUUGACUUUUAUUACAAAAAUUGCAGUAAAUCUGGCAGUAACUGCGUAAAGUAAAAAUAAUGUAAAUAAUAAUCUUCACCGGAAGACAAAUCUUUUGAUCUGACUUUCGUCUCUCUGUCUCUCUUGUCUCGUUUCUUCAGAGGCUAUGGGGAUCUCCUUAAGCAAGCGUCGACGAGACAACAACAACAACCACCACCAUCCCCACCACAAUCCGCCGUACUAUUACUCCGAUCCUCCACCACAACAACCGCCGCCUCAAAACGGGUAUAGCUACUCUCACAAUUACCCCGUUUCAACUCCACAGCUCUCUCUUCCUCCACCACCGGCUCAGCCACCGUCUUCUUCUCAGCCUCCUCCGUCGCAGAUUAGUUACCGACCGUACGGUCAAAACUACCAUCAAAACCAAUACUACCCGCAACAAGCUCCUCCGUAUUUCACCGGUUAUCAUCACAAUGGGUUUAAUCCGAUGAUGAGGCCGGUUUAUUUCGGUCCGACUCCGGUUGCGGUUAUGGAACCGCCUGCACCUUAUGUGGAGCAUCAGACCGCUAAGAAGGUUAAGAACGAUGUCAAUGUGAAUAAAGCUACGGUGAGGCUCGUAGCUGACGAUCUUAACCCUGGUCAUUAUCUUGUUUCCUUCGUCUUCGAUGCCUUAUUCGAUGGCAGUUUCACUAUCAUAUUUUUUGGAGAAGAGGAAUCAAAGUGCACAAUCGUCCCUCAUUUACCAGAAGCUUUCCCACCAAUCAAAGUCCCUUUCCAAAAAGGUGCCGGGCAGAAGUUUCUACAAGCUCCAGGGACAGGAAUCGACCUAGGCUUCUUUUCACUGGAUGAUCUAUCGAAACCAUCACCAGAAGAGGUGUACCCACUUGUAAUAUCAGCCGAGACAGUAAUAUCACCAAGCUCGGUUUCAGAGGAACCAUUAGUUCAUAAGCAGAUCACUCAAGCGGUUUUGGAGAAGACUAAUGAUGGAUCUUUCAAAGUGAAAGUCAUGAAACAGAUUCUAUGGAUUGAAGGAGAACGAUAUGAACUACAAGAGUUGUAUGGAAUCGAUAAUUCAAUCACACAAGGUACUGCUGCAUCGGGGUUAGAGGAUACUGGUGGCAAAGAAUGUGUCAUUUGCUUGACUGAACCUAAGGACACAGCCGUCAUGCCUUGUAGACAUUUGUGUUUGUGCAGUGAUUGCGCAGAAGAACUGAGGUUUCAGACAAACAAAUGUCCCAUUUGUAGACAACCUAUCCAUGAGCUUGUAAAGAUUAAAGUGGAAAGUAGUGAUGAACAACACUGAAAAAGAGGUUUCUUCCCUUCACUUAAACACCAUGUUUGAUUCUUUCUUCUUCUUCUUUUUGAAAACCGUCAAAUCGAAUUCUUUUGCCCUUUUUUCUUAUACAAAUGUGUUUUCUCAUGUCAUACUCUUGCACAUAUUUGUUGGUCUUAGUUUUGGGAAACUCAAAGAAAAAAAAGUCAGUAAUGUAUAUAUAGCUCCAAUGGUUCUUGAGAAACUUUCUCUUUGUAUCUUUCUACUUGAAACACUCAUUCUGUAACUGAAUACUUUUUGGUUUGGGCAUUGCUCAAAUAUAACUUGCAAUCAUAUGUUGUUUAUCGU